GUCACCUCAGCAGCACCCGGCCGGAAGCGCUGGGAAGCUGUGGGUCUAACAUUUAAGAUUCAACAUUUUAAACGAAUGCAGUACGGAUCUUUUGUUUUAUUAUUAAUAUAAAUAUCAUCUAUCCAAGUGAACCGUCAAGGAAAGUGCAAAAAAAGAAAAUUGAAACCGAACGUCUUGGAGAAGGAGCGCAGUGAGGGGUGUGCAGGGGCAUGGAAGCCCAUAGGUACUGACAAUCUUGUGAGUGUAGUUGAAGAAACCGACGCUGUUUUAAAACACGCAUUUUCAGUUAUAAGAUUGUCAUUGAAUGUGUCAGAAGAAUAUCAGUAGCAUGAUUUAGCAGACCUGAGUCCAGGUGGUUAAAAUUGGUGCAGUACUGUUAGGUUAGUUGUAAGCAUAGAAUAUAGCCAGCUGCUUUUGCUGCAAAAAAGAAAAAAAAAAAAAAGAAAAAGUAAAGGCUUGUGGGCUGGUGAUUUGUCCGUGCAAGCGAGCAGAGCAGGGUUAAGAAAAAACAAAACUUUGAUACAGCGGGUUGUGACUGACACUUCAGAUUCAAUACGCAGUAUUGUUUGGAAGAGAACUGUUAACAAUAUUGCACAAACGUGUAAGAAAAAUGGCUACGACCAGCAGCAUUUCCUCAUCGAUUGCGAGUAAAACGAAGACGAAGAAGAAGCAUUUUGUGGCACAGAAAGUGAAGCUGUUCCGAGCCAGCGACCCUCUGCUGAGUGUGCUAAUGUGGGGAGUUAACCAUUCGAUCAACGAAUUGAGUCAUGUUCAGAUCCCAGUUAUGUUGAUGCCAGAUGACUUCAAAGCCUAUUCGAAGAUAAAGGUGGAUAAUCACCUUUUCAAUAAAGAAAACAUGCCUAGCCACUUUAAGAUGAAGGAAUAUUGUCCAAUGGUCUUCCGAAAUCUCAGAGAAAGAUUUGCAAUUGAUGAUCAGGACUUCCAGAACUCGCUCACAAGAAGUUCACUGUUUACAAAUGACUCACAAGGACGCAGUGGUGCACGCUUUCACACCUCGUGUGACAAGAAAUACGUGGUGAAGACUAUCACAAGUGAAGACGUGGCGGAGAUGCACAAUAUACUGAAGAAAUACCAUCAGUUUGUUGUAGAAUGCCAUGGAAACACGCUUCUGCCACAGUUCCUGGGCAUGUACCGGCUUACAGUGGACGGAGUUGAGACCUACAUGAUUGUAACAAGAAACGUAUUCAGCCAUCGACUGUCUGUUUACCGGAAAUAUGAUCUGAAGGGCUCCACAGUUGCUAGAGAAGCUAGUGACAAAGAAAAGCACCGUUUCCAGGAUGAAUGCACCAAGUUGCGCCAUAGCAGUAUGAGCCAUAGGCUGCAAACAAUCAAGAUUGCAACGCGUUUUUACAGCUCCGUCAAAAAUGCCAAAGAACUGCCGACCUACAAGGACAACGACUUCAUCAACGACGGUCAAAAGAUUUACAUUGAUGAAAACAACAAAAAGAUGUUGCUUGAAAAAUUAAAAAAAGACGUGGAGUUCCUGGCCCAGCUGAAGCUCAUGGACUACAGCCUCCUGGUUGGCAUUCACGACGUAGAGAGGGCGGAGCAGGAGGAGAUGGAGUGCGAGGAGAAUGAGGGCGAGGAGGACGUGGAGAGCGACGGCACCCACCCCGUGGGCACGCCCCCCGACAGUCCGGGAAACACACUGAACAGCAACAGAGCCCUGCCCCCCGGGGAGUUUGACCCAGCUAUCGACGUCUACGCCAUAAAGAGUCAUGACAACGCUCCAAGAAAGGAAGUGUACUUCAUGGCAAUAAUUGAUAUCCUUACACAUUACGAUGCAAAAAAGAAAGCUGCCCACGCUGCCAAAACUGUCAAACACGGGGCUGGUGCGGAGAUCUCCACUGUUAACCCGGAGCAGUACUCAAAGCGCUUGUAUGACUUUAUUACCAACAUUCUGACAUAGCCUGUCACCAUGACAAAGAACAGAUACAGGGAGUGGGACCAGCGUGGGACUUGAUGGAGUGCUCGUCUUCCACUCCAAGCAGCAGCAGCAGCAGCUCUGUACUUGUUUACAGUAUAGGGACCCACAUGGGGAAUUAGCUUUAAACUGCUUCCUGAUACACACAGUGUACUCUUUGCUAUUGCUGAACUUUUUUUUUUUUUUGCAAAUAAAUAAAAUAAAAUAUUGAUCAGCUUUACUCAGAAAGAAAAUCAAUCAAUAUCGGUACUUCUAGAGGUGGAGCAGAAGAAGAUGCUUAAGAGGCUGCAUGUUAAUCUUUGACGAACCCUGGGUAUUGGAAACUGUGGAUCGGUUUAUUGUCUUUAUCGGGUGCAUCGCAGUGCUCAUGCAGCUCAUGCCACGGAUGCCGUUCUCUUCCUCUGCACGCUGGCGCUCCUCAUUACUUUUAUUGCAUACCAUAUUCCUCUUAUUCUUCAAGAGGCUACUGCCAUAACACUGCUCUCCAUUUAAAACUUUGUCCUUGUUUGUUAUUUUAGUUUUUAGUUUUUUGCAAGAUGCAAUAUGUUAAAUGGCUUAUUUGACUUGUGUUUGCAGCUUGCUACUUAAUUUGGUUGUUUUUUUUUUUUUUUUUUUUUAACUGUUACACUGUUAGAGAUGUGUUCAUAAAACUUAGCCAGGACUUUUUUUAUGAUCUAAACCGGGGGUUCACAUAUCAGGUCCUGGGGGUUCAGAAUCUUCUGGGUUUUGGAGGUAUCAUUUAAAUAACUGCUUAACACCAGAAAUGACGUUAAAUUUAGGUUACAGGUGGAACAAAGACAGGAAGGGCUCUGGACCUCGCAGAUGGGAAUUGUGUCACCCUGAUUGGAUCAGCGGCUGAUCUGAAUACUGGGUCCUUGGUACCCGUGUAGAUGUCUGUGUUUUAGCAAUGUGCUCGAUAUUUAGCAGUUUUCUAUUACACACUGGGGUCUCUAAUGAUUUAACAGCAGCCGUGCUAUAAUGUGUAAAGACGGCCUUUAGUGGACCUCAUUUCACUCCAUUUGCGUUGUCUUUAAUCAUAAGGGGUCAAUCCUCCCCCUCGUGGUGAAUCCAGUUAUUAAUAUAGUCAGAGGGUGGCCUGUUUAAAUGUCGCUGUAAAGACCAUUCAGAAGGACUCUGCUGACCGUUAUGAAUACAGUCCUUAUUCUUUAUACUGUAACGAUGUGAUGCAUAGUUUUGGGCAGCAGGUAAGUUUCUUUUGCAAAACAGGAGUGUAGUUUACCCACAUAGAAAGGUAAAUCCAUACACAGGAUCUGCAUUUUAACAUGUUAUGCAUUCCAUUCAUUAGUUUAGAAAGAAAUGGAUAGUACCAAACAUUUAUUUGUAAACACUUUAAAUGGAUUCCUACUAUUUAAAAACAAAAGUAAUGUUUUUGGAUCAUAAUUAAAACAACGAAGCAUGCAGCAUAUUAAAUAUAUUAAAACAUAAAAUCGGAAGCAUUGCAAAAACAAGAAAGUUGCCUAAAACUACGACUUAUUUCUUUACUGUCAGAAACUUGUAUAAUUGUAUAGCAUUGCAUUUCAUUUUCUUUCUUUUUUACAGAAUAUUACUGAACAUUCUUGAUACUGUAUACACUGUGCAACAGCUGUGCCUUUUUAAUUUUUUUUUUUUUUUUUUUUUUUUAACAUUUUGUAUUGUUUUAGUCUUUGUUUUUUUCUUCUCUUUUGGGGGGGGGGGGGGGGGGGGAUUCUCCAAGCAAUCUCAGAGUGUGUGAAUGCCUUGUUUUCCCCAGUAAUUUAAUGUCAGUGCAGUUAAGACUACAUCUACACUUAAUGUAUGUAGUGAUUACUUGGGGCAUGCAUAAUAAUUACAUAACGUGAGCAGCAACAAACCACAGCAUCUUCAGUGACCAAAGGCAAGCUCAUCCUCGUGGCUGUGUAAUGCAUUAACACUGUGUUGUUACUCUUGAUGUAGUAAUGUUAACAACAGCAGAAUGGAAAUGUACAGUAAAUGUAUUUUAUGUAUUUAAAAAAAAAAGAAAACCAUAACAACCAAUUGAUAGUGUUAUGAUUAUUUUUUCGUAACUGUUGUGCCCUUUCAUGUCACAUUUUCUGUAGUGUACUGUGGUAUGGAAAUAGUAAAAGGCUGAAAGAUUUGUAAGGUUAAAGGGGAGGGACCGUACCUGGCAUGUGUAUUUGAAAUGCUUUUAGCAGCUCAGAAAUGCACGAUGUUAUUGUCUGCAGCAUUCUGUGUCAUUCGUUAUUGUGAAUAAUCUGUUUGUUAAGGGUGAGACUGCCUCAUCAAGUAUGUGCUAGUGCUCAGCCUCACUCCAUCCACAGGCAUUGCUUUAUAAAGUAAAGCACCCGUCAGCUCAACCUGGUGUCUGGAUUCUGGAGUUGUACAAAGAAUGCCCUGUGAACCUUAUCACAACAUCAUAUUAAAAUGAAGACUUGUACAGUAAA